CUUCGCAUCUGUUGUUUGGCAUUGGUCUAUAGAGCUUCCUAGAGGCGUUGGACAAGACAACAGGCUCAUUAUACCGUUAUAGUUCUUAUUGUUAACAGCAUCUAAUUAUCGGUGCCUUUGGCCACUGGCUCUUUCGCGACUCCAAUCCCUCAUUGCGGGACCCCCUCCAUCCGUCGUUCUCCUCAUGACUACCCCACAGUGAUGCACUCCCCUCGUCCGAAUGAUAAUGAACCGGCACGAUAGCUGGACUCCUUCUCCUUAGGUACUGAUCGCCAUUCAUCCCCAUGCGCGCCUUUCUCAAGUCAUUGCCUGCUUUUCUUCACAGCACCUCAUCUCCUAUUCUUCAUUCCCUGAGAACCCUUAGAGCCACCGCAAGCACCGUGACAACGCGAACAAUGGCCACCGCGGCAGCAGGUAAGCGUCUUGCCGGCAAGACCAUUGUCAUCACCGGCGCGUCCUCCGGCAUCGGCCGCUCGACGGCCCUCGAGUUUGCGCGCACGUCGCCCCAGGACCUGCGGCUCAUCCUCACCGCGCGUCGGGACGAGGUCCUGCGCGAGCUCGCCGACGAGAUCAAGAAGGAAGUCGGCGAGGGCGUCAAGGUCCUGCCCGUCAAGCUGGAUGUCAGCGACCCCGAGGCCGUGCGUGGUUUUGUGGGAAACCUGCCUGAGGGGUGGAGGGACAUCAACGUCCUUGUCAACAAUGCUGGUCUCGUCAAGGGGGUUGACAAGGCCCCCAGCAUCAAAGAGGAGGAUAUGAAGAUCAUGUUCGACACCAACGUGACCGGUCUCAUCAACAUGACCCAGGCCAUCUUGCCCAUCUUCCUGAAGCGUCCUGAGGGUGGCCAGGGCGAUGUCAUCAACAUCGGCUCCAUCGCUGGCCGCGAGCCUUAUGUGGGCGGGGGCAUCUAUUGCGCCACCAAGGCUGCUGUGCGCAGCUUCACAGAGUCCCUCCGCAAGGAACUCAUCGCAACCCGCAUCAGGGUCAUCGGCGUGGACCCUGGACAGGUCGAGACCAACUUCUCAGUCGUUCGCUUCUACGGAGACAAGUCCAAGGCCGAUGCUGUCUACGCCGGCUGCGAGCCAUUGACCCCAGAUGACAUUGCCGAGAUCAUUGUCUUCGCUGCGUCGAGGCGGGAGAACGUGGUCCUCGCUGACUCACUGGUUUUCCCUAACCACCAGGCGGCGGCAACGAUCAUGCACCGCAAGACAACAUAGAAGGAAGAUAAUAUCGCAAUUAGAAAAUAUGUAUAUUGUGCACAC